AUGGUGGGCAGGUUCCGCUUUUCGAGUCGACCGCGCAGUAUCUUGCUGGUUUCCACCUUGGUGCUGGCAGCUUUGAAGGCUGCACCUUGGUCUGCACCUUGUGCCGUUGUUCUCGAGGAGGUUGCUGUCACACCACCAGCAGAUUCGCUGGAAUCACUUUCUCUCAAGGCUUUGAUAAGGCGUCUUGCACAGCCAGCUGCCAACGAGUUUUGGUACCAGCAGUACGACACUAACGCUGUGGGUGAGGCUUGGCGUGGGUCCCGGCACUGGGUGGACCGUGCUGGUGUUGGUCAGACUGGUGAGGAGUUGGAGCAACAGCUGGCAUCAACGCGUAUUGCAGGACGAAGCAUCAAUGACGGGCGACGGCAUCAGAUGCGCUUGGCCCGGGCGCGAAACCUGAGGGAGCUCGAGGAACGUUUGGCUUCGCUAGAGCGUCAAGGGCCGCGCUUGCAACAGUUGGCAAGCCGAUUCUUCGACUCCAAUGCGCUGGCAGAGCGCUGGCACAGUGCUGCAAGCCCAUCUGAGGGCCAUGCAAUGGAAGAACAGUUGCAGGCUUUGGAGGUUGGGCGCAAGAAAGCUACUGAAGGGCGCCGCUUGCUCAUGAUGCAGAAGAGGGCAGAGGGUUGA